CGACCGUCAAUCACUGGUUGUUAGUUACUUUCAUUGCGUCAAUAUUUACUUCUUCGCAUGGUAUGUUUAGUUACAUUCACACAUAUACUUACACUUGAACUUAAAACGUAAAAUAGUGUUGAAACGUCUCUUUCCUUUAACGCUGUGCUUUUAUUGUGAAGAUCAGUCAGCGCGGAAGUUCCCCGCAGGCUCAAGUCAAACAGCUAAUGGCUAGCAGCUAGCUCAAUCCGUGAAAUAAAGCAAUAAUCGAGAAUCGAACGGAACCGCCGCCUUUCUUUCAUGAUUCCGACCAACUGAAGACGUUCGAGGAAGUUGUUGGCUCUCUCGAGCCGUCUCCAUGGCGACGGAAGACUUGUACGAGGUGGAGAGGAUCGUGGAUAAGAGAAAGAACAGGAAGGGGAGGGUUGAGUACCUUGUCAGGUGGCGAGGUUAUGGCUCAGAGGGUGACACGUGGGAGCCCGAGAGUCACCUGUCCACGUGCAUGGUGUACGUGCAUGAAUUUAAUCGCCAGCAGGUACAGUGCCAGAGAGACGGCACCUUGCUGCGCUCCACCCGCAGCUACCUGUGUAGUUCGGCCCGCAGACCUCCCUGCGGCCCGCCGCCAGACCUCACCCAACUUCUGAACACUGGCCUAGAUCAAAGCCUGGAGGGUCGGCCCGCCACAGUACUAAACAACCUGUCGCAGUCAUCGGCGAGUCCGAUGUCAGCAGCCCCGGUUGGUCCGGCCCGCCGCAGCCUGGACUUAGCCAAAAGUGGGAUUAAGAUCCUGGUCCCCAAAAGCCCCAUGAACAGCCACUUUGACUCAGAGGAGUCCCCCAGUGAGGCGGCUCAUAGUCUGGACGCCGGAGCACGAGAUGCCCACACCGUCCCCCCAGAGGUUGCCCUUGAGCAACCGGCAGGGGUUCAACUGGGCCCGGGGGAGGAACGUGCCCGCAUGGGGAUCAGGUCACGCUGCCAUAACACUCUGCCCCCGCCGCGCCUGCCCAUCACGCCUGCCGGCAUGCGCUCCCUUAGCGGGACAGGCACUUCCGGAAUGAUGGAGGCCGUUGCCGUCAGCAGGAUGUCUGGGCUGCAGAGCGCGGUCACUGUGGCAAAGCGCCGUCUGGAGGAACGUGCUUUUGACAAGCGUUUGCGUUUCAGCGUGCGGCAGACAGAGAGCGCUUACCGCUACCGCGACAUUGUGGUCAAGAAACAAGAUGGCUUCACGCACAUCCUGUUGUCCACCAAGAGCUCGGAGAACAAUGCCCUCAAUCCUGAGGUGAUGAAAGAAAUCCAGAGCGCAAUGGCGACGGCGGCAUCAGAUGACAGUAAGCUGGUGUUACUGGGCGCCAUUGGCAGCAUCUUCUGCUGCGGCCUGGACUUCUUGCACUUUAUUAAAUGCCUGACAGAGGACAGGAAGAAGGAGAGCAUUAAAAUGGCUGAAACUAUAAGGACAUUCGUCAACACUUUCAUCCAGUUCAGGAAGCCCAUUGUGGCCGCUAUCAAUGGGCCGGCGGUUGGCCUCGGUGCUGCAAUCUUGCCGCUUUGUGAUGUAGUAUGGGCCAACGAGAAGGCGUGGUUCCAGACGCCGUACACGUCUUACGGACAGACCCCUGACGCCUGCUCUUCAUUCACCUUCCCCCGCAUCAUGGGCCCACUCUCGGCUAAUGAGCUGCUCCUGAGCGGCAGGAAGUUGACAGCUCAGGAGGCUUGUUCUAAAGGAUUGGUAUCGCAGGUUCUCUGGCCGGGAACCUUCACGCAGGAAGUGAUGCUGAGAAUCAAAGAGCUGGUGACAGUCGACUCUCUUGUUCUGCGAGAGUCCAAAGCCUUGAUGAGGAACACCAGCCGCAGUGCUCUGGAGCAAACCAAUGAGCGUGAGUGCGAGGCCUUGAAGAGAAUUUGGGGCUCAUCACAGGGAACUGACGCCAUCUUGCAGCACCUGCAAAGAAAGUCUGAGCUCUUCUAGGACCUGGAUUUCAUUGUACCAGUACACUAUGUGAUGUCGGUGGCUGUGGACCCAUAAACUGCAGAAAUGAUUUGCUAAAAAAACUAGCUCAUUAGCA